CCGCAAACCAAGCGGGUGUGAGAAGACAUGAUGUCUCAGGAGUUUCACGUCGUCAAGUGUUUCAGCUGUCUUUGCUUCCAGGGCCAGCAAGAGUUGUGCUCACAUGGCAACAUCUGCAGCGUGACUCCACACCACAAUGUCAGCCUUCAAAUGUCCAAUCUAACUUUGUUGCCAGGUGAAGAAGGUGAAAAGGUGGACUUGUAAACUCUGUGGAGAAAAGCAGUCUUUGCUCAAGGAGUUUGGUCGAGGAAGUGGCGCCGACUGCAGACGUCAUGUUCAAAAACUGAACGCCAUGAGAGGAGCCAUGCUGGAGGAAGGAGAGGGGCUGUUGCUACGGAAGCAGGAGGACCAGGCAGGAAGUGAGGAGCACAAGGACUACCAAGUGAGAAGUCUUUCUCCCUCACACACACACACACCUGCGGCUCACACCUGUGUGCAGGUGGGACACACCCAGGUGAGCCGCUGGACUAAAUACCUGCACACACCCGAGGAAGACCAUCAUGUUUCAACAAGCUGUCUGCAAUCCCAAGGCGGCAUGCACAGGAAGAGGAGGGGAGAAGGCGAGGAAGAUGGCAGCCGGAUGCCGAAACAGAUGCAACCUGACUGUACCGCACCCCCCACUCCUAAAACCUCAUUUAGAAACCAGGCUGGCUCCCCCAGUCUUAAAACCACAUUUAGCAACCAGGCUGCACCACCCAGUCUUAAAACCACAUUUAGCAACCAGGCUGCACCACCCAGUCUUAAAACCACAUUUAGCAACCAGGCUGCACCACCCAGUCUUAAAACCACAUUUAGCAACCAGGCUGCACCACUCAGUCUUAAAACCACAUUUAGCAACCAGGCUGCACCACCCAAUCUUAAAACCACAUUUAGCAACCAGGCUGCACCACCCAAUCUUAAAACCACAUUUAGCAACCAGGCUGCACCACCCAGUCUUAAAACCACAUUUAGCAACCAGGCUGUACCACCCAGUCUUAAAACCACAUUUAGCAACCAGGCUGGCCCCCCCAGUCUUAAAACCACAUUUAGAAACCAGGCCGGCCCCCCCAGUCUCAAAACCACAUUUAGCAACCAGGCCAGCCCCCCCAGUCCUAAAACCACAUUUACUGAUCAGGCUGCGCCAUCCAGUCUCAAAACCUCAUUUAGCAACCAGUUUGGCCUCCCCAGUCCUAAAACCACAUUUACUGAUCAGGCUGCGCCAUCCAGUCCUAAAACCUCAUUUAGCAACCAGUCUGGCCUCCCUGGUCUUAAAACUUCAUUUAGCAACCAGGCUGCACCACCCAGUCUUAAAACCACAUUUAGCAACCAGGCUGUGCCACCUAGUCUUAAAACCAUAUUUAGCAACCAGGCAGGCCCCCCCAGUUUUGAAACCACAUUUAGCAACCAGGCCGGUCCCCCAAGUCUUAAAACCAUAUUUACUGAUCAGGCGGGCACCCCCAGUCCUAAAACCACAUUCACUAACCGUGGCGGCCUCUACAGUUCUAAAACCACAUUCGCCAACCUGGCCGGUCCCCCCAGUCCUAAAACUUCAUUUAGCAACCCCUCCAGUCCUAAAACCACAUUCACCAACCAGGCCGGUCCCUCUAGUCCUAAAACCACAUUCACCAACCUGGCUGGUCCCCCCAGUUCUAAAACUUCAUUUAGCAACCCCUCCAGUCCUAAAACCACAUUCACCAACGAGGCCGGACCCUCCAGUCCUAAAACCACAUUCACCAACCAGGCCGGUCCCUCUAGUCCUAAAACCACAUUCACCAACCUGGCUGGUCCCCCCAGUCCUAAAACUUCAUUUAGCAACCCCUCCAGUCCUAAAACCACAUUCACCAACGAGGCCGGUCCCUCCAGUCCCAAAACCACAUUCACCAACAGGGCCGGCCCCCCGAGCCCGCCCUCUGGUCCAAGGUGGGCCGCCCUCCUCACAGGUGACUUCCGGGGCAACGUGGUCAGUGGGAAGAGUCAUCAUGACAGCAGUGAGGCCCCGCCCCUCCCAUGGUCCCGCCCCCUGCUUCCUGGUUCCUCCAUGUUUGAGAGUGGGGAGGAUUUCGAAGUGACCUUUGACCUGUGAGAAGGACACGAUGGCGUUGGGCAGCAUGCUGGAUGUUGAUUGGUCCGCUGCUAUAACUGCACUUCCUGUCUGUUCCUGAUGAUCACAAUCAUUUCAUGAAGGUUCUUGAGUGUUUAUGUUCCGUCUUCAAAGUGGCAUGUGACAAAUAUGUUAGUCUGAUUAUAACUUAGCAUUAAACAUGGUCAAUAAAA